CCUCUGGGUUUUGCCUGAUCCUGGUGGUGGGGCUGGCGUGAGGCAGCCUUCCUGCCACAAUGGUUUGGUGCCUCUGCUUUCUGUCGGAAGACCAGAAAAAUGCCAUCGCGAUAGAUAAAGAAAUCAAUCGGCUUCUGCAAGAGCAAAAGAAACGGGAUAGGUGGGAGUUGAAGCUGCUUUUGCUGGGUACCGGAGAGAGCGGGAAAAGUACCUUCAUCAAACAGAUGCGGAUCAUCCACGGGGUGGGAUACACGGAAGAGGACCGGAAAGGGUUUGUCAAGGUUGUGCAUCAGAACAUCUUCAUGUCCAUCCAGGCCAUGAUCCAGGCCAUGGACACCCUCCGGAUUGCUUAUGCUGAGCCAGAGAAUGUGCAAAAUGCCAAGCUCCUCCUGGAAGUGGACGCUUACAAAAUGACCAUGAUGGAGGCAUGCCAUGCCAGCAUGAUCGGAAGCCUCUGGAAGGACACCGGGAUCAGGACCUGCUACCGGAGGCGGAGGGAGUAUCACCUACUGGAUUCCACUGCGUAUUUCUUGUCCAACCUGGACCGCAUCGCAGCGGAUGGUUAUGUGCCGAGUUCUCAGGACAUCCUGAGGACCCGCGUGCCGACGACCGGCAUUAAUGAGUACUGCUUUUCGGUGCAAAAGGUAACCUUAAGGAUUGUUGACGUUGGCGGCCAGAGGUCAGAGCGUCGGAAAUGGAUCCACUGUUUCGAAAACGUGAUUGCCUUGAUCUAUUUGGCUUCUCUAAGCGAAUAUGACCAGUUCCUGGAGGAGAACAGCAGUGAAAACCGGAUGCGAGAGAGCCUCGACCUCUUCAGAACCAUCCUGGAGCUCCCGUGGUUCUGGAACACCUCCAUCAUCCUCUUCCUCAACAAAGUGGACAUCUUGGAGGAGAAGAUCAUGAUCUCUGACCUGGCUGCUUUUUUCCCAGGUUUUCCAGGCCCAAAGCAAGAUGCCCCUUCGGCGAAGCGCUUCAUCCUAGAAAUGUACAUGGACAUCUUCACACAGUUUUCAGACCAUGACGACAACGCUGGCGUGAGGACUUCCAAAGAGGUCUGCAGGCCCCGGAUCCUUUAUCCCCACUACACCUGUGCAACGGACACGCAGAACAUCGGCACAGUCUUUGAGGACAUUAAAGAUGCCGUCUUGGCAGGGUACCUGGAGGAGUUCAACCUCGUUUAAAGGAGCAGGAGUCAAGCAGACUGUGGGGAUGCUGCAGAAAAGGCCCUCUACCCUUCACCUGGGGUAGUCUGGUGAUGGUCAACUGGUGUGCUGUUUUAACUCCUGCUGAAUUGUGCCUGCUGAGGUCCCUUCUCAUGGCUUAUUCUAGAAUUUCGAAUGGGCCUGUCAUUUUGGAGACUUCAUGCUGAGAAAUACCCAAGGAUUGAAAUACUGUCCCCUCAAACCAGCAACACGGUUGGAUUGGAAUUGAAAGUCUGCCUCCUAAUUGGGUUUGUGUCAGUUUUGUUGUGAUUGGCAGGACUAGAGGGCCUCACUCUGCCUCCUGAUACUGCUAUUGCCUUUCGGAACAGCUAUUGUGAUAGGACUGUUCCAGUACAUGAAUGCCUGAAUUUCUCACACGUUUACUCAAUGCUAGUUACUUUUUUAUAUUGGAAA